UGGACUCGUCCGGACUUUGUUUGACACUCCUCUGGCCUGUGUUCCUGUUUUCACCACAGAUGCAGACAGCUGAUGAUGAGCUGUAAGGGUGUAUUUAAAGCCCGUGGAAAGCGGAAGUCUGGCCCGCUGUGUGUUAUCGGUGGAGAGCCGCUAGCUAGCACAGGGCUGAACAGCACAUAUCAUUAGCCAGCUGGCAGCACUGCUCUUUGACCAGAAGCUGUCAAUUCACACACACAGCCAAGCAUGAAACGAGAAGGAAAUGCGGGGAUAUUAGGGCUGUGAUGCCUGUCGCCGUAAAAUAUCACUAAGACGACGAAACGGGAAACUUACCAUUCCCAACCUGUGGAAGAGUUUCAGCUUUCUGCUCCCUCCUUCAUCCCUCUAUUCUGACCCUUCACACCCUCCCCUCCAUCCCUACGGCCAGUGUCACCGCAACCAUGACGACAGGCGGGUGUUGCCACCUGCCCGGCUCUCUGUGUGACUGCGCCAGCAGCACGGGGAUUUGGAAGAGCGUGGAGGAAGCAAGUGGUGACGGGUGCCAGGCGCUCUACGUCACCCAGGUUACAGCCAUAGAUGGACGGUUGCUGUCCUCUGUGCUCAAACCCAUGGGCACACAAAGUGAUGGUCCCAUCUGUCGUAUUUGCCAUGAAGGAGGCAACAGUGAGGGUCUCCUGUCCCCUUGUGACUGCACGGGCACCCUGGGCGCGGUUCACAAGAGCUGCUUGGAGAAGUGGCUGUCGUCUUCCAACACCAGCUACUGUGAGCUCUGCCACACAGAGUUCAGCAUCGAGCGCCGACCAAGGCCUCUCACAGAGGUAACAAAGUGGCUGCGGGACCCCGGCCCUCGCAAUGAGAAGAGGACGCUGUUCUGUGACAUGGUAUGCUUCCUGUUUAUCACGCCCCUAGCAGCCAUUUCAGGCUGGCUGUGCCUGAGGGGUGCACAGGACCAUCUUCAGCUGGGGAGCUGGCUGCAGGCCGUGGGCCUCAUAGCCCUCACCAUCGCCCUCUUCACCAUCUAUGUUCUCUGGACCCUGGUAUCUUUCCGCUACCACUGUCAGCUUUACUCUGAGUGGAGAAGAACAAAUCAGAAAGUACGUCUGCUCAUUCCUGAAGCCAAGGAGUCUAACUCUUCCCAGCAUUCUUUGCUCUCCACUAAACUGAUGAAGAAGCCUGCCAAUGAAAGUAUAGUAUGAGACCAGAUGGAGAUGGUGGAUGAUAACAGUGUCUUUUGUGUGUGGGGGCUGAUUUUCAGUGCAUCAUGCCUGCCAGCAAGACUUUAAAGAAGCACUUCUGGGCUUUUUUGUUGCUUUUUUCCAUUUUUUCUCCGUCCUAUCGGUAAUUUUUUUUCCACAUUGCAUUUAAAAGAAAAAAAAAAACCUGUCCUUGGGCGGGUGCAGAACUGAGCACAUUUAAAUGGAGUCUGACUGUCGUCACGCUGGGUUUUGACCAAGCUUAUGCAAAGGCACUGAAGAAUGGAACAGCACAUGAAAAUGAGCAGAGACAUUUACAGAGACAUAGACACAGUCUCAUCAUCUAGGAUGAGAUAAUAACAAUAGCUAACAGAGAAAGUAAAGUAAGGGAUGGACCAAACUAACUUGUUUAGUGGACUGUGAAAUGUUCAAAUGGUUGUUCUGCUUGGUUUUCGAUAACCCAUGGAUGGUCCACUGAUGAGUGCAAAGAGUUGUGCUGCAAUGAUGAAAGCGUGCAAACUGCUAGAUACAUGUCAUAUCUGGGCAUGCACUUACCUACUUAGGCCUUGUCUUCUCUGCACAGCACUGCCCAUUGAGGAGCUAUUUCGAGCAGUUAAUGAAAAGCUUAGAUCUUUUGAUGUAUUUGAAUUUCACAAUCCAGAUGCCAGUAUGCUGUCAGAGAUCAAACUUUCUAUGUUUAGCACAAGCCUACUGGACGUCUUUCAGUGUUUUUUCUGCAUCUGUUUUUACAUCUCAUCCAAGAACAGAUGGCAGCAUAACAUUAGUAAAAGCAGAGAUUGUGCAAUAAAACACUGUGGACAUUGAGGUCGUCCCAGUACACGAAGAGACCUCUACUAACAUGCACAGUCAUGCAUGCAGCCACUGUUAAUCAUUUUUGGGGAUUUCUUUUACUGUUAGUGUAUUGUAAACCUCGUUUUUUAAACCACUAAAAAAUGAACAGAUUAACUAUUUCUACUGAAGUAGGUUCUAACAGUGUCCUCAUAGAGGUUCUUGUAUUAUCAGCACUUAACGAGUAGAUCUUUAUAUUUAAAUAGAUCUAUCGAAAAACUCCCAUCAAAAUGGCUUUUAGAUGAACAUAUCCACCAGCAUUGUUUGGUAACUGGGACAGUGUACUAAAACAUCCUUUUUAAUGGCCUGGUGAAGUACUUAAUUAUUAGCCAUUUGUUUUGUUUCUAUUUUGUGUUUUAAAACAAUACCGAUUGCUAUAUGUGUCUAGUUUCCAUGAUCACAACAAUCAGGGAUAUAGAAACUUCUUGCAAUUUUUUAUUGUUCAAGUCAUGGUUAAACAUAGUUUCUCAGGAGGGGAUUUUUCUAACAUUUCUAACAUCUAACAUAAACUUAACCUGCCAACAAUGACUUUCAUGGUGGAUACAUUAUGCGAGCGCCACUAAGGCCAAAUCUGACUUUAGCUUUGUUUUGUAUAUUCUUUCAAGCAGGCCACUAGAUGCUCACAUUCGCUUCCAAGUCCAUUUGAUGGAUGACACCUUUUUUGGGGAUGCCAACUUUCCCUCAUUACAUUGUGAUGUUACCGACCAGAAUCAGCAAGGUACUGGCUGUGUUAGCAGUUUGGGAGAGUAGCGAGAAUCCACUUCUCUCUCUCCUAUAUAGUUGGGUGCAGUUUAUAAUCCAGUUGCGUAUAGUGGCCGUUAAUCGAGCAGUCAGAGAUGAUGUUCUUUGCUUUGAGAGGCAGAAAACCACAGACCAGAGAAGCUGCCUGGUUUCUUGAUUUCCAUGUCAUAACGUGGUCCACUUUUGAACAUAGCUUAUUUCUCCAUUCCAUUUAAUUUGGGUUAUGAGGAGACGGUUAACUGCCACUUGAACCCACUGUGGGUUAACCAAAGGUUGAGAAGCUCGAAGAUGAAAACCCCAGCAACACUUGUAGUAACGAGAACAAUGUUAAAACCAAGACAAGUCACUGUAUGGCCCUGAUGAAGGCCUUAGACUCAAACACUUUAGCUUUAACAAUACAACACUGUUAUCCUUUUAGGGGUCAUGCAACAUGGAAUUCAGUAUUAUUGUGUAUAUCUUCCAAUUUUUUGUUUCAUUUAUAGGUGUGCAAUUCUUCGAGAUGCAAUUUUAAAAGUAUACCUUUAUUAUACCACACAGGUGGCAUUGAGAGAAAUGGGCCAAGCUUUAAAUUAGUCUAAUGAUGAUCACACUGAUUGUUUAUUAUUAAUUUUAUAAUUAUAAUCUAAAUUUUAAUUCCAAAAUAACAAUCAUUUGCUUUUGGAUUCUGUUCUUCUCUAUUCAUUGGAGUGACAUUUAUAGCUUUGUCGCUUAAUGUUUUAUUUUGAUGAUCAUACUUUGUUCUUCUUAUGUGCUUUUCAUUAAUUUUCUAUUAGAUGGAUCCAUUUUGUGGACACAUUCAGUUUUGAUUCAGUGUAAACAUGUACAGUACACUAUUUAUGUUGUACAGAGCCCAAAAAAGCCCAGAGUCUGGAUUUUACUCACAAUUGUGUCGAUAAUGCCUUUUAAUUUAAAAUAUAUACAUAUUUACUUUAUAACAAUCAGGCUUGAACAAUAUUUAACUUAAACUGGUGGAUUGUCCCACAUACUGCCCCAGUUAAUUGUUUGUUUGUUUUUAACUGAUCUAAGAACAAAGGAUUAUAUCCUGCAAUACUGCGAUGCACCCGGGGGGGCUUGUCUGCGUUACAAGCUUAUGAGUCACUUGAUCCUCCAUGUGUUUACUGUUUUUCAUGAACGAGGCUUUACUCUAAAAAUUGGGAUCUAUGUGAAGCAAAGAAGAGUCCCAGUUCAAAACUGCUUGAAAACAAGAAACAACUGAUAAAUGCAGAUUGUUUGUUUUCUGUAUUUUAAGUACAAUACAAAGUUGCCCGCAAAUUAUGCAGCUGUGCUCCUUCUUUAGCUACGUGCCUAUCCAAGUUAGUUAUUAGAGCUACAUGAAACAGAUCCUCCCAAAGAGUUUUUAAGUUUCAUUACACAUUAACUGUAACAGUACAGCUACUUUAUAUAGAUCCCACAAUUCGAACCCGGAAAGGGAUUUUAAAUCAUUGUCUUUACUACACAAAUAAACAUGUAGAUUAUUACUUAUGUUGUGGUACAUUACGUAACAUUUUUGUAACCUUUUAACUCCACGUCUUUUUUGUAGGGUGGGUAUGUUGAUAUGUAUCAUUUGUUGCAAUUCUUCAGUAUUCACAUUUUUAAAUACUAUGUUGUUUAUGGUGUGCUGUGGAAAAAAAGAAAGAUGUCUUCGCCAAAAUCCUGGUACCUGCAAUCAGCCAAGAAUUGAUUGCAAAGCAAAUAAAAAAUGAUGAUAAA